ACAUUACAAUCUGACCUUGUGGAGGAAAAAGUUUUCCAAAUUGAAUGGGAAUUCUUGGAAGCAAGAUAGUUUAGUCUCUCCACUAAUCGUUAUCACGUGAAUUUGGCGAGCAAUAAAUAACAAUUCAUUCAUAUCUCCCUCCUUUAGCUUAGCUUAUUUAAGGAACAAUAAAGAAAUUUAGGCUCCACGCUUUUAUUAGCCUGCUUUUAGUUGUUGGGUUGCUGCUACCAUGGGCUAUUUGUGUUCAUUUUGAUUGCUUUGGUCUGGUUUUUUUUUUUUAUUUUUUGAGUCAAAUUAAAAACCAACUCAGAGAAGAAAUCUGCAAAUUUUUCGGCGUGGCUGAAAGAAUUCUCAAUUAUGGAGGUGGAAUCAUCAGGAAGGAAGAAUGCGAAAUCAAUGGAUGAACCAGCCAGUUCAGCCGCCAGGGCCAUCAGGCGCAGGCGUAAAUGCAGAAACAUCUGUUUUGCCGUGAUCGCUGUUCUGUUAUUCAUCAUAAUCCUGAUAGUGAUCCUUGCUUUCACCGUUUUCAAGGCCAAACGCCCCGUCACGACUAUCGACUCUGUCUCCUUAGCCAACCUGAAGUUUUCCCUGGAUGUGGUCAGACUCCAAGUGUUGCUGAACGCUACCCUGGACGUGGAUCUUACAAUCAAAAACCCAAACAAAGUUGGGUUCAAGUACACCGACUCGUCUGCCCAGUUGAAUUACAGGGGCCAGCAGGUAGGCGAGGUUCCAAUCCCAGCUGGCAAGAUGCCUGCAGACGCAGCGGCUCCCAUGAACUUGACGCUGACUCUCAUGGCGGAUCGAUUGGUCUCGGAUUCCAAGUUUUUCUCUGAUGUUUCGGGUGGUGAAUUGCCUCUCAACGCUUUUGCUAGGAUUCCAGGCAAGGUUAAUGUGUUGAAUCUGUUUAAGAUUCAUGUUGUUUCGUCCACUUCCUGCGAUUUUACUGUCUUUUUAUCUAAUGCAACUGUUGGGGACCAAGACUGCAAGUAUAAGACAAAAUUGUAAUGCUUUCAUUUUUCUCUUUUUGGAUUAUACAUUUUGCUUGUACUUAUAUCCAGUCUAAACGGGAGCUUGCUUUGUAGCCGUA